CCUCCUCAUGCUGCUGCUGGUGCAGAGAAAACGAGCUCUGUCACUUUUCUCCACUUGACUCAGUUGAUCACAUGUUGAUGUGUGACAGCAGUGCACUGAUUUGCUGUGUGAUUGAUCACAUGUGUUCUUCCCCUGAUGCUGCUGUGUGUCCUGGAGUCUGCAUCAACACUAAUGACCAGGUUCCUCUCACACACCCGCGACUCAGCCGUCAACUUUCUCUAGUUUCAGGCUGCGAAUCUUCAGGAUGACGAGGAUUUUCUGGGAUACAAUUUUUCUCAUAAGCGGUACUUUUAGUAUGUCUGUGGUACUCAAUGGUUCUCUCUUUACAUUCGGAGCGGGGCCGAGCAACACGACAAUCGAGGCUCGCGUUGCCAUCGACACAAACUCCACCGCUGCUCCAAACAGCUCUACAAGCAGCUCUGCAGCAACCAGCGGCCCCAGCACCACGACGAUCACAACCGCAACUGACAUCGGUACAGUGAACGAUUCUCUCCUGAUGUUUGGAGCAGGGCAGAACAAUCAGUCGACAGAAACGGUCCUUGAUGAUGGAAUUCCCAUUGAAACUAAUUUUUCUUCGGCUCUGAACACAUCAACAACCGGCAACACAAGUACAUCCGCCACAACUCCCGCACCGACUACGACAGCUAGCGUCCCUCCAGUUAAAAAGUUUGUGGUGGCCGCUGUUCGGUCUCAUUUCGACGACUGUCCAGACUCCCACCGCCACUUCUGCUUCCAUGGUACAUGUCGCUUCCUGAUACUGGAGGAGACGCCAGCAUGUGUGUGCCAUCAGGGUUUUGUCGGGAUGAGGUGUGAACACGCCGACCUGCUCGCUGUCGUGGCAACAAACCACAGACAACAGACCGCUGCCACAGUGCUGGUGUUGUGUGUCAUUGGGUGUGUUCUGAUCAUGGUGUUGUGUACACUUUUACAUUGCUGGUGGAGACAGGACUGUCGGAGGCGGAGCCACGCACGUCACUGCGUCUCAGAGAAGCACGCAGCAUCCUGCUAUCCAUCGGAGAGUGUGGUUUGAGAAGACACCUGAGCGGAACACGAGCUGUUUGCAUCAUGGCGUGUUUCGUUUACCUCAUACGUUCGACCUGCAGACCCUCAGGAUUUUAUCCAAAGUGGGAUUCACAUGUUCUGCUCCUGCAGCCCUGGCUCCGAGGAGAACAAGCAUCAUCUUCAGAGCGGCUGAGGUGAGGUAGGACGACUUGAUGUGGGUGGUUAAAUGUUCCGUGACUUUCUUUUUCUCACAGUGACUGGGACUUUUGGACUGCAGCAAACCCAGGAAUGUGUUUUUCUUCAAACUUUUGAUUCUGUUGAAAUACACCGGUCUGUCUGAACCUGUGAGGAUGAAGCUGACGCCACAUUCCUCAUGCAGGAGCUCCGAGUGUGUCUCCAUUGCUAUUUAAGGCCGGCCUAAAGGACAUCAGAAAAGAUCUGCAAGGCAAUGAACCAUCCUGUGUGGAUGUCAAAUAGGAAAGGCUGUGGGACGACAACAAUUCAUUGAGUCAGAAAAUCCCAAUUCCUAAUUUUGUCUUUUUAACUUCUUUGCACAAAAGAACUCUACAUGCACAGUGGACAUUUUUAAGAAAUGGAGGUGGGGGAAACUGAUGCUUUAAAAAAAAAAAAAAACUGUUUUAGUGUCUGUUUUUAAAGAAGGAACUCACGUCACCUGACAGGAGUAGGAAUUGUAACUGGACUGACUGCUAAUGGAUUACAAACCCUGGAUAUACGAAGACCUCCAUCAAUGAGUUUACACAAAGGUUGCAGCUGAAAAUUGCCCCAGUGUGGUUUCAAUAUGCAUUGGAGAGAAAAUCGUUUUAUUCCUGAGCUUUUUUUUAAAUGCAAGCUAUAACUGUACUCACACUUGCACAUCCUGGGUGUUCACAUUGUUCCAAGGAAGUACUUUGGUCAAAUUUGCACUUUUCUGUAAAUUUGAUCAUCGUUUAUUAAAAAAAACCUGCACUGGCUCUAAAGGGUCACUUAUAAAAAGCGUCCACAUAGUGAGAGAUGCCAAAUACACUUGUUUUUUAUUAUUUUGCCUGAGUGAGCACUGAGGGGAGGAGGCUGCACGGCCUGUACACGUCCACUCUAAGCAUGCACUUAAAUCACAGCUUGCGUUUUUUUUAUUUCAGGUGUGUUAUAGCGUUGCAUCUGCUUUGAAUUGAAAUCAUUUUAAAGUGAGAAAAAGCCUUUGAGGGUCAGUUUGAAACCAAACAUUUAACUUUUUCUACAACACUCGAUCAUAAUUAGUAAUGAUAAUAACAAUUGGUGAAGGAAUGAAGACUGACAGGGAUGUACAGUAAAGUGUGUUCAUGCUUUGUGUGAUGAGAUAAAGAAUAACUCCACUAUAAACUGAAUGGGAUGGUAUUUUCAAGCCAAGAGGCUGCGGGGAUGAUGCUUUGCUUUGUUUACAGUAUGUGAUGAUAUUUACAUUCAAUAUGUGUUGAUGUUUGUCAAUACAGCAUUAAUGUGUAAAUAUCAAAACCACAGACAUAUUCUACGUUUGUGUGUGUGUGUAUAUAUAUAUAUAUAUAUGUCUAUAUAAAAUCACAUGGAAGGGGAAUCACCCUUUAUUUUGUCAGAUAUAUGUUGUCACAGUUGGAAAGCCUCUGUUAUUUGUUUUCCAAUGAAGAAUUUAAAAAAUGUGAGUGUCUUUGUAUUUUUUCAUUUAUCAAUUAUUGUCUGAUGUUUAUCAUUUGAUCCGUAGCGUGACCUUCUUUUUACUUCCCCAAGCGCUUUCCGCUCUUUUUUUUUUUUUCUUCUUCUCUUCCUGCAAAUACCCUGAUUAUCCAACACUUUUUUUUUUCUCUUCCACGGAAUAUUUCAAGACAUAGAAAUGUCGACAUGAAAACCUGAGCCCGAGGCACAAUUGAACAAAGAGCCAAACUCCUGAGUGCUUUUAUAGCUGAAGGAAACAUUUCAGCCUUCUUCUGUAUCGCCAUUCGUUUUUGAUUUACCUUUUUUUUUUUUUACUUCACAGAAUUGACAUCCAUUCAUGUUAAGGCAUUAAAAGGGUUGAGCUACA